AUGGAACAGAGGUUAGCCGAGUUUCGGGCGGCCAGAAAACGGGCCGGUCUGGAAGCUCAACCCAGCACUUCGAGCCAGAGCGCACGAACCUCAGGGGAGAAGGCGGAAGCAGCUGCGACUCUAACGGUAGCCCCAAGCUGGCUAAAACGGUUCCUGUUUUGGCAACCAAAGCCUGCAAGUGCCCGGGCCCAGGCCAGCCUCACUCAGGAAGCAGCUCAGCCUGGGAGCAGCACAGCACAGCCACCCCGGAAUAUAGCCGUUCCGCCACCACCGUGCCAGGACCGGUCCUUCUUGACCAACAUCACCUUCCUGAAGGUUCUUCUCUGGUUGGUCCUACUGGGCCUAUUUGUGGAACUGGAAUUCGGCCUGGUUUAUUUUGUCCUCUCCUUGUUCUACUGGAUGUAUGUUGGGACACGAGGCCCUGCAGAGAAGAAGGAAGGAGAGAAAAGCGCCUACUCGGUGUUCAACCCCGGCUGUGAAGCCAUCCAGGGCACCCUGACUGCAGAGCAGCUGGAGCGCGAGUUACAGUAUAGACCCCUGGUGGGGACAUAGGACCACUGUACGUCUUGCCGCUAGCUCCACUGUCCUGCAGCUGACCUCAGGCACCGUCCUCCUAGCCCUUGGGUGUAGGUUUGAUUUCAGAUGCACAGGACAGAGGGCAGCUUGUAGAUUAGCCCUGUGACUGCACAGCUCUUCUACAUUCUUUUCCUGAUCUGCUGCUGCACAUUUAUCUUUGAACUUCUCUUUUGUUUUUGAUGAAAUUCUCUAAGAGACACUCACUGUGGGUCUGAUGCAAUUAAUAUAAAUUACAUACUCAAGAAAGGAGAGGUGCUUGUCUCAUUUCUCAUCUGUUUGAAAGAGAUGAUUUGGGAGCGCUAGAAAGGCAUUGGGGAAAGUCUGUGUUAAAAACAUCCAGCUGUUUGAAGUAAAAGUUAGGUGCAUCAGGGGCGUAUAUAGAAGUAAAUGUUCUUUUUAAGUCUUGUAAUAUUUAAAACAUUUUUUUCCUGAAAAUCUUACGUCAUAAGUUUUGAGGGGUUUUGUUUUGCUU